CGUUCUUCCCGCUACCUGCAAGCUGCUGCAGCUGUACCUUCAGUAACUAGCCAGUAGCCAGAGAGAAAGAGAGAGAGAAAGGGGAAAGCAGGCUUCUUUCUCUUCCUCUUUUGUCAAAUUUCUUCUCCACUCUUCACAUUACCUUCCUCCUACCAGUACAGCAUUGAGAGAGAACCAAAAAUGGCGUCCUCAAGAAGUGUAAGGAAGCGGAGGACCGAUGCUGCCGAGGCAAAGAGCUUUGAACUCCGUUCCGGGAGAAAGAAGAUCGAAAAAACGACGAAAACACCAAACCCGAAGAAGGAAGCGCCAAAAAAGCAAGGUGGAGACGAAGAAGGGCCUCGCAGGAGAUCGAGUAGGCUGCAAUGCACUCCCAACCCUCCUCCCUCUGCUUCGCUGAGAAAGAAACCCAACAUUCAGGUGUCCUUCCCAGACAUCACUCCCAGAUCCUCAAACCGCAAAUCAAGUCCCCUCCUCACCCCUGGCGUGCUUGGCUUGGCUUCUUCUGAAAGGAUGAAGAAACCUGAAAAGGUUGCUCAUCAGCAAGAACCUUACUACGAUGCUCCUGCUCAACUGUCACAAUCAGAUGAGGAAGAUUCCAGCAGCCCAUCUCCAGGACAGAGAUAUCGGGAUAUCAUUGACGACAUUGCUGCAUCCGUGCGUCCUCAACUAUUUGGAGCUGGAAUUGGUGCUAUGAGGGAUGAAACAGUGGUACCUGGUAGUGGGAUCUUUGCUCCAGCUCCAAGUUUACCAGCAGUGUAUAGCGAAAAAAUGCCAGUUGAAAACGGUAUUACUCUGAAGAAUUUGCUGCUCGGAGAUGGAGAGCCCUCCAACCUGAUGGAAGGAUCCAAAGUGAACUCCACAAGUGCUUUACAUUUACAAUCAAUGGAGGCAGAAAACUCUCACAUUGGAACUGCCCAAGCUGUGGUCAAUGCCAAAGGAGUCUCUAGUGCAGCAGAGGAUUCUGGUCAAUGCCAUAGUUUUGGGUUGACUCAGAUGGAAGAUAUGUUCGCUGAUGAGGUUGAUAGACUUGAUGAGGUAGAUUGUCCUGCAUAUGUGACAGUUGGUCGAUAUAGGGUGAAGGAAUCAUGUGCUCCUGUUCUGCGAACUAUCAUCAGAAAAUAUGGAGAUAUCGCGGCCAAUUACACUCUCAAAUCACCAGAAAACCGCGCUCGUGCCUUGGAAACAGUUUGUGAAUGUUUCCCUUCAUUCCAGACCAAAAAGCUUAAUGAGGUUGACCCAACGAAUGUUGGUAAAGCACUUGAUGUCCUUAAUGACUUGAGAGAGGCAGGGUUGGAUAUUGGCUGGAUUUGUGAGAGGUUGGAGCAGAUUGUAAAAGCAAAGCAGGUGCUGAAACAGGCUUCUGAGAUGAGACAAGCGAAGGAUAAAUGGAGUGAGCUCUACGGGGAGAAGCAAUGGCAUUUGAAGGAGAUAGAGAGAGACAACGAACUGCUGAAACGAAAGCUGGAGGAGAAGGAAAGUGAGAUGGAGGAGGAGGCAAGACAGCUUGAGGAGCAGAGAAGAAAAGUUGAUGAGAAGGGAAGAGAGAAAGAUGAGCUUGAGAGACAAAUGAUGGAGGGAGAAGAGAAGUUCAAGUCUGCAAAAGCGGGAGUGCAGGAUGCAUUUCGCGAGUUCCAGCAGGUGCAGGAGAGGAUACGUGAUGCCAAGACUACAGUGAGGUCCUUGGCUGCUUGUUAUGUCAUGGAUGGACUUCUAUGAGGACUUCGGUCUGGGACGGGGAAGUCAAGAACACUUUCAUUUAUCUAAUUGCUUUCUGCUUACUUAAUAGUCAUUGACAAGUAGAAUGUUAACUCUAGGAGGCAGUGUUAAAAAGUCUGGAUAUCUGAGGGUUUACAGAAACUGCCAUGAGCCCAUGAGCGCCAGUGAACGCACCUGCAGACUUCUGAUCUCCAUCCAAUUUACAAACUUGGAGAGGAGAUUUGCAGUCUGGGAAUGUUUCUUUUGAAUCCAGACUUUGAUUCUGUAUUCUAUUCUGUUACGACUUGGCUUAAUUUGGUUGGGCAUUGUAGAGUGAGUGAAGGUGGCAGGAAUUGUUUAUGGAUUUGGUUUCGUCAUCAUUUGAUCUUGUAGGGAAUGGAAUGGAUAUACUCUGUUUUAACUGGUUCCUCCAUCCGACUAUGGGAAUUGAUAACUGAGUACGAAAUGCAUCAGAUGAUUGCAAAACAGAACUACUUAUUGAAGUGCAGAUAGAGAUGAACAGAAGGCGCAGCCUCUAAACUUAGGCAUCCUCCAACAUUGGAACCCUUCAAACACAUUUGACUCACUGCGCCUAGAACUCAACACUCCCCACUCAUUUCCCAGCUAUUGUUUAAUUACAUGCUAACAAUAGAUCGCAAAAUCAGAUGAAUGACCUUAACAUGGCUUGAUAAAGGGGUGGCAAAUAACAGUACUUCACCAUCUUUCAAGCUCUUACCUCAUCUUUCGAGUCUUCUGAAUCACCAGAUACAGUAGCUUUCUCUAUGGGUUGGUCUUCACCCGCUGCAGAUUCUGCAGCGGCAGGAGCUGCCUCGUUAGCAUUAGCAUCAUUUUCCUCUGCAGAUCCUGUCUCCACUUCCUUGUUCUUAGGUGGGAACAGAUUAGCAAUGGAGAUUUUCGCCCUUCUCUUGGUAGCCUCAGCUUCUUCAAUCUCUCUCGCCUUAGCUUCAGCCUUUAGCCUGGCUUUUUCUUCCAUAAGCUUGUCCAGUUCGUCUCCUCUCCCUUCCUUGUUCAACUCGCCUUUCACUAUCUCCUGAAGCUCCUCAUUCACGUCGAUAGACUCAUCAUCCAGCAUUGCAUCGACUAAUUGAAGCACUUCGUCCAACCUCCCAUGAUCACUUAGAGCUUUCAUUAUGAACUUAUAGCUCUCAUUGUUCAUCCUCAGUUUCUUCACCAUCAGCUCGUAAAACGAUUUUGCCUCGUCAAUCUUCCCAGCUUUAACCAACUGAUCAACCAAUCUAUCAUAAACAGGCAAGUCCGGUCUCAGCCCUGAAUCGACCAUCUUCCUAAAAUAUGCAGCACCAUCAUCAAUUCUACCCUCGUGAAAGCAAGCAUCCAUCAAUAAGCCAAAGGUGUACUCAUCCGGUUUCACCCCCUUUCCAUCCAUGUCACCAUAAACCUCUUCAGCGUCAGCUAACAACCCAUUUUUGCACAAUUGAUCCAUCAAGUUAUUGAAGGAUGCGUUAUCGGGGCUGCACCUGUAAUCACCCAUCUUCCUGAAAACCUCAAUGGCAUCCUUAAACCUCCCUUGCAAGCAAUACCCAUCAGCCAUGACGUUAAAGCUUCCAAGAUUAACAGCCAAACGAGUUGGAGGUUUGUGCUCUCCAAGCAUUCGGUCGAACAAGUUCAAAGCCUCAUCAAACUUACCAUUCUUGCACAAAGCAUCGAGCACAGAGUUGUAGGCAAUAGCACUCAUCUUGACCUUCGAAUUCUCACCAACGGCUUCCUCGUAACAAUCCAUGGCCUCCUUCUCCAUUCCUCUCAUGAAGUAACCUUUCAUCAGCGCUCCAUAAACCACACCAUCAGUCACAACUCCACCAUCAAGCUUCUGCUUCAACUCCUCGUACAGCUUAAAGACUCCAUCAGCAUCAUUGUUCUUCACACAGCCCACCAUCAAGUAAUGAUAAAUGAGAGGGUCAGGAGAAAAAGCUUCGUUCACCACCAUCUCUUCCUUCAACUCCAGAGCCUUCUCCACCAUACCGUUGUUCACUAACCCUUCGAUUAAAAUCCUGUAAGUCGUGGGAGAAGGAGCCACGGGAGCGUCAUUGAUCAGCUGCUUGUAAAUCUCCAUCGCCGUAUCCGGUUUCCUGCAGGUCAAAUAAGUCUGAAAGACCAGAUUGUGGGUGAUCACAUUGGGAGCGAUAUUUGCUUGAAUGAUGAAACGGUGAAGGGAGAGCAAGUCCGCAAAUUUGCCCUGGCGGAGCUGAGCGUUGAGCACGGCAUUGACGGUGUAGAUUGUGGGGCGGCAGUUGGAGUAGACGGAAUGGCGGGUGUAAAGCGCCGCCUCGGCGAGGUCAUUCUCCCUGAUUAGGGUGAGGAUGCGGUUGUGGAGAUUCAGCCGGUUGCCGGAGAGGGCGGAGACUGGUUCCGGCAGCUUGAACUCGUUAGCACCCUGACUGGGUUUCUUGGGUUGCUGGGAUUGCUGCUGCUGGGCGCGGUGGGCGGAGGAGAGCGGGGGUUCGAUGCGGAGGCGGCGCUUGCGGCGGCGGCGCUCUGCCUCGGCUUCUUCCGGGCUGGAGAAGGAGAGGAAGCGGAUAGUCACGCUGGACGGCGGCGGAAGGGGACGUGGGUGGUGGCGGAAGGGGAUGGAUAGGGUUUUGAAGCGGGUGAAGAGAGCGGGUUUGGAGAGCGCCAUGGAUAGGGUUUUGGAGAAAGUGUGGAGAUGGUGGAGAACUGGAGAUGGAGAUUCGACAGCGAUGGAGAGGCGUGAAG